AUUACGCAUGUGUUCCCGUGCCCCUUGGAGUGGUUUGGAGCUGUCCCGUGAUGCGGUGGCCGGAACGUGAUGUAAUGUCGCCGCAGAUAUAAAUAAAGUCGACAAGCGAAGAGUGUCAUGACCGAAGUGGACUAGACUAGGAGACCAAUACCUCUCCACUAACCGUCGCUGCUGGAGUCGCUCUUUGACCUCCGUAAGAACUUCUGCUCUGUUGUCAUACUGGACACUCCACGCGCUCCCAGUGCGUCCUCCCAGUCGCUCCACGCAAAGGAAGGCACCGGUCGGAUAUUUUUAGCGCGCUAGACGUCCCUCCACCGACAGGCCAGUAGCUCAGGAUGGGCUCCCAGUCCGCCCUGCUGGCCGUACUGGUCCUGGGACUGGUCGCCAGCCUCGCACGGUGCGCCCCGUUCGUGUUCGCCGGGAGGGGAAACGGUACGGCGGAGCGCCGCUGGGAGACCCUGUACUCCCGGUCCCUGUCCCGGAACCCCGGGGAGAAGCGAGACACCAGCCGGGACAGUGACUACCUGCUGGGCAUCAAGCGGCUCCGGCGCCUCUACUGCAACGUGGGCAUCGGGUUCCACAUCCAGGUUCUUCCGGACGGCAGGAUCACGGGGGUGCACAACGAGAACCGCUACAGUCUUCUGGAGAUCUCCCCGACGGAGAGGGGGAUCGUCACUCUGUUCGGGAGACGCAGCGGGCUAUUCGUAGCGCUCAACAGCCGGGGGAAGCUGUACGGAUCCUCGCACUACAGCAAUGAGUGUAAGUUCCGCGAGACGCUGUUGGCCAACAACUACAACGCCUACGAGUCGGCGGUUCACCCGCGGAUGUUCAUCGGCCUGAGCAAGAGCGGCAAAACAAAAAGAGGAAACCGAGUGUCUCCCGCCAUGACCAUGACGCACUUCUUGCCAAGAAUCUGAGUGGUGUCAGAAAUAGACUGCCGCAGCCUUUGAGCAGGUUGGGAAGGAGCUGGGGAACUCUGCACUUUACCUGUCCUCGACACAUCCGAGUGGAUCCUAUCUUGAUAUUUUUACUUCGUAUUUUUUUAUUUAUAGUUGAAUAUUUCCAUUUUGUUUACGGGAAACACGUGACGAUGUAGGCCUACUUGCGAAUGAACUAUGUGAUCGCAAGUGAACAAAAGUAUUUAUGUUUUGUUUAUACUAAUUUAUCAUUGGUCAGGAUGAUAUCAUAUUUGAAUAAUAGUUAUUUGCACUGGUGAAAAAUAAUAUUUCAGAAGAUUCAGAAGAUUUAUUUGUUGGAUGAGUAUUGCACUACAAAUAGUUGGUCACCAUUGUACCUUUUAGCUUUGCAGUCUUAAAGACAAAGUCAUACAAACCAACCGACACAACAAUAGCCAAAGCAGCCCUCUGCGAUAGACCCACGGAGGGCCAGUGUUUGGGCCUCUAUGUUUGACGUCGUUCAGACGGGAUCACCUUACGGUUUUUGGGAGAGCAAGAGUAAUGAACGGAUCGGGGUGGGGGGAUCUCCAGCGAGCUGUUUUUAGCUCUUCGAGAAGGCUGAACUCUGAACUCUUGAACUUUGCUGAAGACUGUCGGAAAAAAGUCAUAAAGUAUUCCUUGUUUGAUAUUGUACACCCCAAUAAGUUGCAUUUAAGAGAGGGGCCACGUAUCUUCUCUGUGGCCUUGUUUCUGGCCUCCUCUGUCUCAGCAGAACCACAGCCAUAGGCCAGUGGAUUAACGCGAUUCUGACCUGUUAUUUUUUCUAUAUCUUUUCUAUAAUAAACCCUAAAUGAUCUGUU